GUUUAUUUUCCUUUUUUAUUUUUUGUGAGCGCAGAUGUUGCGUGAUUAUUUACUUUAUUCUACAUAAAACUCGGUGAAUCAUAUUUGGAUUUACUUUUCACCUGAAUUUGAUUUUACAAGUCGAACUUGUGCCACGGCGAAUGAUAGAUUGACGCCGUACACGUUUGAAGGUAUUCACCCAAUGGACAGCGUACAUACACCAUGAGCACAUUUUUUGUGUCUACUUCCCGUAUGGACGCACAUGCCGGCAGCCCGCCAAGUGAUUGCUCAUCCGCCACAGGAAACCCGCGACGAUCGUCUUCAUGACCUCCCCCAAGUGCUCCAUGCCCCUUGUGGACCCUCCAUCAGCUCCACCUCUGAAGUUUGGAACCAACAUGGGGGAGAGACGGGCACGCUCCUUCCAUAUGACGUGCCGCCUACAGCGGGACUACGGCAACAGGUUGGUGGGCCCCUUCGCCCGAAGCGGCCCCAACGGCUACGCCGGCACCAGCCUCAGCCUGGACCAGGAGAUGGAUGCUGACAAUUCUCCACCCGUGGUUGGCAAGAGCGAGGCCCCCAUGCCCGACAUGGGCCUCUAUGCUCCCGUUUCACUGCAACUGGACUCAGCGGCGGUCAAUAAUGGAUCAGGUGUCCCCCACUGCCCGAUGGCGAAGGAUACGGCGCUGCGCGGCCAGCUCAACGUCGCCUCGGCGCCACUCCCGCCGCCUCUUCCGCGUUCCAGCUGGCUGCAUCGCCACCAAAAGGAGUUCCAGCGGCCGUACGUCAAGACGAGCAUGCAGGGCGAUGUUUACAACUUCCUCGAGAGACCCGCUGGACUGAAAUGUUUCCUCUACCACUUCCUUGUCUUCGUCAUGGUUCUGGUGUGUCUCAUCUUCAGUGUCCUGUCCACAAUCGAGCAAUAUGCAGACUUUGCUUCCGGAUCUUUGUUCUGGAUGGAAAUCGUGCUGGUGCUGUUCUUCGGCAGCGAGUACGUGGUGCGGCUGUGGUCCGCCGGCUGCCGCAGCAAAUACGCCGGCAUCAAGGGACGCCUCCGCUUCAUCAGGAAGCCCAUAUCCAUCAUAGACUUGAUUGUGGUCAUCGCCUCCAUCAUUGUACUCGCUGUGGGCUCCAAUGGCCAAGUUUUUGCCACAUCUGCCAUCAGAGGCAUCCGUUUCCUGCAAAUCCUGCGCAUGCUCCACGUGGACCGACAAGGUGGAACAUGGAGGCUGCUGGGAUCUGUGGUGUUCAUCCAUCGGCAGGAGCUGAUCACCACGCUAUACAUCGGCUUCCUGGGCCUGAUCUUCUCAUCCUACUUUGUCUACUUGGCGGAGAAGGAUGCUGUGGACGAGGAGGGCAAGACGGGCUUCUCCAGCUAUGCUGAUGCUCUGUGGUGGGGCGUGGUGACCGUGACCACAAUCGGCUAUGGAGACAAGAUCCCUCAAACGUGGAUCGGCAAGGCCAUCGCCUCCUGUUUCAGCGUAUUUGCCAUCUCCUUUUUUGCUCUGCCGGCUGGCAUCUUGGGAUCGGGGUUCGCCCUGAAGGUCCAGCAGAAGCAGAGACAAAAGCACUUCAAUAGACAAAUCCCUGCCGCAGCCUCUCUCAUCCAGACGCUUUGGCGCUGCUAUGCGGCGGAGAAACCCAACGGCUGUGCGGCGACGUGGAAAAUGUACGUCCUGACUCCAGAGGCCAUCGCCAAGGUGGAAUCAGACAACUCAAGCCCCACCAUCAGGAAGCUGAACAUCUCGAAAAAGGUCCCCAAGAGGAGGCGGAAGUCGAUGCGAGGUCACGGCCCCAUGGGCGUAUCGUCGGAGCUGGCCGUAUCCAUCCCCCAAAUCACCUACGAUCAUAUUGACGACUCCGUGGAGAAGAAGGACGUCUCCUUCUUCGUGGAGGAGCCGAGUAGCACCGUGGAAGGAAUCACUAGAAUAUUCAGACAAACAGGCCCUCGUCAUCAUUCUUGGUCGUCUUUCACUCUGAGCUGUCCUUCCUCUCCAGUGAAGAUGACCCACGGCAACAGCAUGUCCGUCGACAUCACUCGCGCUAGCAGCCUGACUGACGAGCUGGACUGUAUGUGGGAAGAUAUUCCCCUCUCUGUGAUGACGGACAACUCUCAGUUGUCUCACGCCCAGAGGUCCGCCGUCAAAGUCCUGCGUCGCAUGCAGUACUUUGUGGCCCGCAAGAAGUUCCAGCAAGCGCGUAAGCCGUAUGAUGUCCGUGAUGUGAUCGAGCAGUACUCACAAGGUCAUCUCAACAUGAUGGUGCGCAUCAAGGAGCUGCAGAGAAGGUUGGAUGGCACACUGGGAAAGCCGGGAAUGUUCCUCCCAGGUAAAGGAGAAGAUAAAGAAUUCCCGACAAUCGGAGCGCGACUGAUCCGGCUGGAAGAUAAGGUCUACCAGAUGGACCAGAAAAUGGACUCGGUUCUUCGGAUCCUCUCGGAGCAGUUCCUGCCCAAGCCUGAGCUGAUUUCCCGGCCCUCCAUCCGCAGGGUGACCAUCCAGAAGCGUAUGGGUGCCAGCAUCGACGAGGGCCCCUAAAGGCUCCUCCCCAAACCCAUUUUGAGUUUUUCUCAUUGACCCCUCCGAACCCAGAACAGAAAAAAGAGCCCCGCAGACCGAGAAUUAUGGUGUGAAGACCUUCCUUCUAAUGGUCACUCCUGUAGCUCUUUUUGGGGGUCUUUUCUUAUGGGGUCGAAAUCCCGGGCACCUUCCAAAGGCCGUGACUCUCUUCAUUCCCCCGCACAAACGGAAUUCAUGCGGGCGCGCUCUUCUCUUCCUAAUAUUAUUUCGAAGCUAACGAGCAAGCAAUCAAAGCACUGACGUUCCACAAAUGGAAGGCCGUGCUGCGGCGCAGGCAUUCCACAAAUCCUUUUAUUUAUCUUGGCACCGUCCACACACACACACACACACACACACACACACACACACACACACAUAUUCAGCCCUCUAGAUUUAGACUGUGUUUGUUAGAGGUGAUCGAAUAACACGAGCAGGGGAGGACUUCAUUCGGCCCGCGCAAAUUGGAAAUAUUACUUUAGCUGAAGCUAAUACAAGAAAAAGAAAUGGCCGCAGCAGGAACGGACCUCUUUGGCAGAGCUCUGUUUACUCUGGGAUUGUCCGAAUGUCCAUCAAUCAUCAUCGGGAAUCUUCUUGAUAUCCUCCAGGACUUGAAGAGGCUUUUUACAAGUUUCGUUGGAACUUGAAUAACUCUGGUCCAAAGUCUGGUCCAAAAAUGGCUCAGGAAUUCAGUACACAAACAGAAAUGUGUGUGUGGGGGGGGGCGGGGGGUGGGAUUUGAACCGUGAUGUCCUAUCAUGUAAUGAAUGCGAUGUCCCUCUCUCCAGUUAUUCCUCGCGAGAUAAAGAGAGAAUGACUGGAAAUAAUCGAGUCAACCAGCAGGGGACAGGAGAGGAAGAGGAACUCUCAGCCAAGUCCGGCAUAGUUCGGACGGCCCAAUGUGAGUCCGUCCGCCCACACGGGGACCUGCCAUCAACUGAUCUCAGUCCAUAGUCUUCAAGUUGUGUUUUCUUUUGCCCUUUGUUUAUGUGUAAGGCAACCGCAGUCAAAGAAGGUUGACUAAUUCGUUUUAUUUUGUUUUUGUUUUUUUGUUUUUUUGCGUUGCUGUUCACAACACUUGCAUAACUUCUUUUUACAUAUUACUGAGGUUUUUACCGGAACAGUAUUUAAAACUUUAAAGGCUCUCCUCCCCGGAAUUAUUUUCGUUGAAGUUCGGGACUGUAACUGUAGCUUGGCCUCAUGGACUCAUGACCCACACGACAGAGGUGGGUAAUAGCUUUCUUUUUUUUCUGCACCCAUCAUAUCUUUUCACCACGGUGCUGAUCUGUUAGCGACAAAAGUAACCCCCCC